UGAUCAGCAGUGGAGGAGAAUGGCGACGAAGCUGGAGGAGCUAAACGUGACCUCGGAGGAGCUGGAGCGGUUCAAAGCCGCCUUCCAAGACGCCCGGUUCCGGGAGCUUUUCGCUCAGUACGCGGAGGAGAUCAGCGACCCGGAGAACCGGCGCCGCUAUGAGCAGGAGAUCAGCGAGAUGGAGCGGGAGAGAGGCGUGGACGUGCAGUUCAUCCACCCGGAGCCCGGGCACGUGCUGCAGACGAGUGUGGACGGGCAGCAGACGUGUUACCUGAACGUGUGCAGCAACCCGCGGGUGUGUAAACCGCACUGUGUGCCCGGGACCGACAAGGAGGGCCGGUGUGGGCAGCACUGGAGCCUGCCGUGCACCCUGACCCCUGCCAGAGAGGAGCUGGGCCCGGGGGGGAUGAAGGAGGCGGUCUACGACGUGGUCUUCCACCCGGACACCCUGCGUUUGGCCUCCAGGAACGACAAGUUCCGCUCCAUGGUGGAUCUCACCGCCCUGGACGCCGUGUCCCAGCAGUUCAGCGUCGUCCUCGACACCAGGAACGUCCGGACGCUGAGUGAGAAAUACAAGGGGGUCCCUCAGGCCGCCGUCCUGCGCAAGCCCCACCCUGGAGCGGCCCCCAAGCUUCAGGACCCUGACGACCCGCUCCACUUCCCCUAUCCGUACGAUAUCCCCGGCGAGCAGAACAAAACAAACAGCUGCCACCACAAGGAGGGGAAGCCUCCGUGCCAGGAGCCCACCGUGCCCAACUACACCAUCAGGCACCGCUCCUACGUGGACCUGCAGGACUAUCGGGACGCCAGGGACUCUGCGCCCAGUCCGGUGCCCAAGGAGCUGGUGAUUACCGUAGACCUGCCCCUGCUGAGCUCCGCGUCCGAUGUCAACCUUCACAUUGAAGGAAAGGAUCUCCGCCUGGAAUCCCAGAGACCGGCCUAUAGACUGCAGCUGAAACUGCCGUACCUGGUGGAGGAGGAGCGGGGGGCCGCCCAGUUCAAUAAGAUCAAGAGGCAGCUGGUGAUCACCGUGCCUGUGGUCCAGCCCGAACCAACGCCUCCCCCCAUCAGCGAAGAAGCAGAAGUGCCGCCCAGCACAGCAGAAAGCGACCCCCCAAAUCCCCUGCCCCAGGACCCCCCCGAAUGUCCUAUAUUCACUUGUUCCCAGGACGCCACAUCACUGACUCUCAUCAUCCACGUGAAGGAUAUUGACGAGCACAGUAUCACCUCCGAAGUCAGCAGCUACCAGUGCGAGAUCCGGUUUUGUGUCAAACGGACCAACGCCCCUCACGUUUUGUUUGUGGAGUUUCUGCCGCAGUAUAACCUGAACACGAAUGACAUAGCUGUGAACGUGUCGGGGGACAACAUGGUUAUCGAGCUGACCAAGUCCUCCGAGUGCUUCGGCCUGUGGAAGAAUCUCUACUUUGGUGUAAAUAGUAAUCCUCUGCAGGAAAGAAGGUUUAUUGACGAGGAGAACGUAGCGCAAUUCUUAGAGAGCGGAUCGCGUCCUUCUACUAUUCCAUGGUCGACGCUAGAGGAUCAGCCGCUGAUAAACGUCCUCGACAUGACGGACAAAAGGACCCGCAUCCGGCUGAACAAACCCGAACUGGAAGAGGAACGUUAUCCGACCGACGGAGCGCGGAUUUCAGAUGUGGGCGAGGUGACUGAGUGGGUGAGCGCAGGCCAGUCAGACACCGACGGUGUAUGCGAUACUGGUGAAACGGGAGAGGACAGGUGCCAGAGUCCACCCCUGGCGAUGCCAUCUCGCGCCUCGCCCACUGCGCAGCCGCUGGGCACAGAUAACUCCACUAAUGAGGACGAGGGUCUCUUCUUCAAAGAGAUUACACCCGCCAGAGAACUCGAUGAAGAUGAUUUGCCGGAUGGUGCGGAGCCCACACAGAGCUCUGCACCCAACGCGGCAGAGCCGGUCCUAAAGGAAGUCGAGCCCUCCAGUGGCUCCGUCCACGUCAUCGCAGACCACAGAACGCAAUGCGCCUUCAAGUUUGAGAACGCCAUGUUGUUUGAGCUGGACUGAUGGGGGGACUGUAGGUAGAAGGGUUUGUGGAGUUGUGUUGAGUUUGGUUAUUACU